AUGUCGGACUCGAAGGAUGAACUUGUACAACGCGCUAAACUUGCCGAACAGGCAGAACGGUAUGAUGAUAUGGCGCAGUCAAUGAAAAAGGUGACGGAAUUAGGAGCUGAACUAACUAAUGAAGAACGAAAUCUUCUUUCCGUUGCUUAUAAGAAUGUCGUCGGAGCGCGUCGUUCAUCAUGGAGAGUUAUCUCUUCAAUCGAACAGAAAACUGAGGGGUCGGAAAAAAAACAAGCUAUGGCGAAAGAAUAUCGUGAGAAGGUCGAAAAAGAAUUACGAGAUAUUUGCCAAGAUGUUUUGAAUCUACUGGACAAAUAUCUUAUCCCGAAAGCGGGUAAUCCAGAAUCCAAAGUUUUCUAUUUAAAGAUGAAGGGGGAUUAUUACCGAUAUUUGGCGGAGGUGGCAAGCGGUGAUGAUCGCAAUGUGGUAGUGGAGAAAUCGCAACAAUCUUACCAGGAAGCUUUUGAUAUUGCGAAAGAGAAAAUGCAGCCUACACAUCCGAUUCGGCUUGGAUUGGCUCUGAAUUUCUCAGUCUUCUACUACGAAAUUCUAAAUGCCCCCGAUAGAGCCUGCCAACUCGCAAAACAGGUGUCAGUUGCGAAUAGCGGUCAAGCUGCUUAUUCGGAGGCGCAUGAGAUUGCUAAAGCGCAGCUUCCCACCACGCAUCCUGUACGGUUGGGUCUCGCUUUAAACUAUAGCGUUUUCUUCUACGAGAUUUCAUCAAGCCCGGACAGAGCUUGUCAGCUCGCCAAGCAGGCAUUCGAUGAUGCAAUUGCUGAAUUGGAUACAUUGAACGAAGAUUCAUAUAAGGACAGCACAUUGAUUAUGCAGCUGCUUCGGGAUAACUUGACUCUGUGGACAUCAGAUACAGCUGCGGAUGAGCAAGAAGGCGGCGAGACGGCUGGUGAAUCGGGAGGAAACUAA